AAUCAGAAGAUUUCUCAAUAUUUUGAAUUAAGUCUACUGCUGCAAUGUAAUUUCCAAACAAAAUCUAGGAUGUAUAAGAACUUUUUUAUCUUGAUUAUUCAAUUAGUUGGAUAUGGCAAAACGUGCUUGGGUACAACUACUCACACGGAUACCGUACCAGAGGUAUCAACAUUCAGUGCAACUUGUAACGACUAUCCAAGUGUCACCGACGUCAUAAAUAUCCAAUCCGCAACGUACUCCAGCGGAGGGUGUUCAGAUGACGUCACAUCGAUUCUCCAAAGCAAUUGCGACAAUCAAGUUUCCUGCUCAGUUAAUGUUUACGCCAGAGUGUUGGGUGAUCCAUGUCCAGGACAAACCAAACAACUCUCCGUAACAUGGAAAUGCGUGGUGCAUGGUGGAUGGAGUGCUUGGGAGAGCUGGACGGCCCGAAGUCCUUGUAGCCAUAGUUAUGGUUGUUCAUCGCCCUCUGGUACCACCACCAGGUACAGGACCUGCACCAACCCGACUCCUCAGAAUGGAGGAAAUAGCUGUGCUGGCUCCGACUCAGAGUCUGGAACUUGUAGUGCUAAAGGAUGUAGAAUCAAUGGUGGAUGGGGGUCGUGGGGAACCUGGAGCUGUGAUGGAAUUCAAUGUUCAUCUACAUCAACAUCAGCAUCCCGAUCCCGAUCGUGUAACAACCCCUCCCCUGUUAACGACCCAGACAACUGUGGAGGGUCCACGUCAGACUCGCAGUCCUCUAAUUGUGGCUCCGUCGGAUGCUACGUGGCGGGAACCUGGGGUGGUUGGGGUGGCUGGGGCGGAUGUUCAGUCACUUGUAAUGAGAACGAAGGUCAGAGGUCAAGGACUCGUUCUUGCUCUGGAUAUGACAAUGGCGGUGAUUGUUCUGGCGCAAACACACCAACAGGAGCACGCAGUCAAACAGAUUAUACCAACUGUAUUACCACACUUCCCGUUUGCCAGGUAAAUGGCGGUUGGUCUAACUGGGGCUCGUGGUCAGCGUGUCCAUCCAAUUGUUAUGGCGCCACUGCUGGCACUAUUCUGACAAGAACCAGGACCUGCACCAAUCCGACUCCCACAAUAACGGGCCUGGACUGCUCGGGCGCAAGCUCAGAUACCGCAACCUGUACACAGCGAAACUGCCCGAUUGAUGGUGCGUGGACUACCUGGUCUAACUGGGCAUCGUGUCCAUCCAACUGUUGGCCACACAGUACAAGCGUGAGACGAACUAGAACGUGUACAAACCCCUCAAAACAGUACGGCGGAGAUGACUGUCCCGGAAGUAGUUAUGAAGAUGCUACUUGUUAUUCCUUGGGUUGUCCAGUCCAUGGAGGAUGGGGAAACUGGGGAUCUUGGAGUUCAUGUACUGUCACUUGUGAUUCCGGAAGUAAAAAUAGGUCACGUCUCUGUAACAACCCCACACCAGCUAACGGAGGAAACGACUGUCCAAAUUCAGCGGACGAAUGUAUCGAGUGUAACACUCAAAACUGCCAAUUUUGUCUGGUACGUGACCACUUCAUGAAAAGUACAGCGGAUUCCCACGCCUCGUCUGAUACGUCACUGACCGACAAAUAUUUCCUGAUGCCAAACACGGACAAUUCGAUCAAGUGUUGUGGGUUGAUUUCACAUUGGGAAUUUUAUCCAAAGGCAGAGGGCACUAUAUUUUUCCAGAUUUGGGAAAGAUUAAGUUCGACCUCAUAUAAACUCAUUGGCUCAAACCAAGUUGAUGUUCCAGCCUCUGCAGUGAACACUGUGUAUAGACAUGCGGUACCAACAGCUAACAGAAUAGCAGUUAUCGAUGGUUAUCGCAUUGGAUGGUAUUGUAACACAAGCAAUAUGAUUCCAUACACAACAUGCAGUUCCUCUCUCACUAACAACAAAUGCACCACGGGAGAACCUUCCUGGAAGUCUUGUAACCAGGAUUCUUAUUGGUCAAAGUCAUUUACGGAAGUCGCUGUCGGGAGCACACAGACAUGGAGUUCAUAUACUCAGGCUACAUACAGAUACACAGCCAUAACAUACGCAACAGUUGACAAUACGGAUCCUAUAUUUAACAUGAGCCUUGUUAAAGUGGCUAUCGCUGAUCACACAGCUAUUGGUACCAGCGUCAUGCCAUUCACCUUUACCGAUGUGGAUUUUGCUGACUUCUAUAUCUACACUGGCUAUCCCAACACUCACACCUACUUCCGCUAUGAUACGUCUGAUCUGACAAUCAAAGUAAAAAGUACUUUGCCUCAUGCUGUCGGUACGGCGGAGACUGUUCAUACUUACGUCAUCAAAGCCAAAGACUCAUGCGACAAUGCCGUCACAGGAACAGUUACCAUAACAACCUUUAAUGGUCCUCCUGAGUUUUCUAACUUACCUAACCACGUGGAGCUGAUAGAGGGGAUCCAGGAAGAACACACGCUGUUUACCCUGACCGUCACUGACCCCUCCCCCGACAGCGUGACGUGUGUGAUGCAAUCCGUCCUCCCCUCCGACAAAAUGUCAACAUUCUCCUUCAAUCCAGCAACGAAGGAGUUGAACGUCAGAGCCAAUCAGAACAUUUCUCUGUCGGACAUCACUAACUUUGAGAUUUGGUUUGAGUGUACUGAUGGAACAGACAACUCCACCAGCUUCCUCACCGUACAGGUCGUCAAGUUCGACACUUCUGACGACACCCAGGUACAGCCAACUUUUUUCUCCGUGACGGCCAUGGUGACAGCCGGCGGGUUGGCGGUUAGCCUGACUUUCGUUAUUGCCAUUUAUGUACUGGUCAUUUAGCGACACUUAAAAGUAUAUCUGCUUAUAUGUCUUAUAUAUUGAGGUGUAAGGAAUUUAAAAGACCAUAUUUUUCUUUCCUCAUCACAAUUGUACAACUUUAAAUAGAAAUGGUAAAAUGCGUUUGAAAACUAGCAGGGACUAUAUUUUUGGCGGAAUGGUGGCGUAUGAAAAUAUCUUCUUUUCUGCCUCUCAAAAUUAUAAUAGCACAAUGAAUUUAGUUAUAAUUUUUACACAAGUGAAGACUUGGAGAAAUUUUCAAAUGUAAGUUAAAUUAAUAAUGAGGGACUAAACUUUCAAAAUAUAUCAAAUAAAUAUGAUUUCCCAAACAAACUAGAACUUUGUUAGCUAUUAAACGUUUCCUAUCAAAGUGCAGAUUUGAGCCAAAAAUACAUAAAAAAGUAUUUUUUCUCUCGUAGUAAACGAUCAAAACAUUUUGUUUUUGUAUCAUUUUGUACAUUUAUAAGAUUACUUUAUUAUAUGUGAAAAUAAGAAAAAGUUAUAUAUAGGAAGCAUAUGAAAAUAACUAAUAUAUCCUAAAAAAUUAAGAAAAACAGAGAAAAUUCGGAUCAGCCAAUAUCCAGAAAGUUAAAUUAUUUAUGUAAAUUUGGUAAUAUCAUGCUAUAGACCCGAUGUAGUAAUAUCUUUUUAUGCAAACAGAACAAUCUUUAAACUUUUGAAAUAGAAGUAGGUAUCACAUGAUUAAUUGGCAACAGUAUUUUUUUAUUCUUAAUGUCAAGGAAAAAGAUAAUGACCUUGACCUGACUUUGCCUCUAAUAUAAAACGGUCAAAUUAAAUUUCACUGAUACUAUCACUUACUGAUAUUGUCUUCUUGAUUCUCUGAAAAUUUCAUUAAUUUUUAAAUAUUAGAAAUAUGAGAAGAAUCCUACCUUAAGGAAAUCAAGCCGCUGUAAUUAUCCUAUGUUCAUUCAAUCAUUAUACGAGGGCCGUUCAAAAAUUACGCGGACUUGUCGCACAGAAGAAAUUUUUGACGACAUAAUCGGGCAAAAUUUCACAAAUAAUAUAAAAGAAUCUUUACUUAUAUGGUCUUCAAAAUUUCAUAUCAAAAUAUUGUAAAUUGGUAUUAAUUUUGAGUGAUUUUUCAGGACAUACCACUAAGUCACGGCGCAGCAAAAUCUUCGACGUCACAAGAAUUAUAAAAAAUAUGUGAUUGAGCUUUCAUCUUCUCAAUAUUUUCCCUUGAGUACCUGUAUAGUUUGAGUUACCUUAUCUACUCAACAUCAAAACACCAUUUCUUGUCAAGCUUAAAAUCUAUUAAACAUGUAAAGAAUAUUCUUUUUUCUUUUUUUGUUUUAAA